AUUUGCUAAUAAACGCCUCACCAGACCAGCCUGGCGGUUCCACUUGGAGUUGCCUGGCUAGAGCAGAUGUCUGCCAGCAGGAGGUUCACCUUUGCAAUAUGCAUGUUAGAAAUAAUUGUCCUGGCCGCUGGGACCACUCCCAGUUAUGCCCUAGAGGAAGAACCGAGGGAUGACAGUCUAUCACCCAUAGACUGCAGAAUGAGCCCCUGGAGCCAGUGGUCGGCAUGUGACCCUUGCCUGAAACAAAUGUUUCGCUCAAGGAGAAUUGAGGUCUUUGGACAAUAUAAUGGGAAAAGGUGCCUGGAUGCUGUGGGAGACAGACGACAGUGUGUGCCCACGGAGGUCUGUGAAGAUGCUGAGGAUGACUGUGGCAAUGAUUUUAAAUGUGGUACAGGCAGGUGCAUAAAGAGGCGACUUCUGUGUAAUGGCGAUAAUGACUGCGGAGACUUUUCUGAUGAGGAUGAUUGUGCAGAGGAUCCCCGUCCCCCUUGUCACACAAAAGUGGUGGAAGAGUCUGAGAUGGCACGCACAGCAGGCAAUGGGAUCAAUAUCUUAGGGAUGGUUCCCCUCACCACACCUUUUGACAAUGAGUACUACAAUGGACUCUGUGACCGCGUUCGGGAUGGCAACACCUUGACCUACUACAGAAGACCCUGGAAUGUGGCUACUCUAGCCUUUGAGACAAGAGUCGACAAAAAUUUCAAAACUGAGCAUUAUGAAGAACAAGUUGAAGCAUUCAAAACUAUCAUGCAAGAGACGACAUCAAAGUUUAAUGCAGAUAUAUCUCUAAAAUUCACACCUACUGAAAGAUAUAAGUGUGAAGAUAAACCUGAAACACAGGAUAAUGAGACAAAUACUUGUAAAUUAAAUUUUGAGGGUAAAUUUCGAUUUACAUAUUCCAAAGAUGAACUUUACCAACUGUUCUUGACACAUUCUUCUAAGAAGGAAAAAAUGUUUCUGCAUGUGAAAGGAAUGGUUGACCUGGGAAGAUUUGUGAUGAGAAGUCGGGGUGUCAUGCUGACGUCAACUUUCUUGGAUGAUAUAAAAGCUCUGCCAGCUACCUAUGAAAAGGGAGAAUAUUUUGCAUUUUUGGAAACCUAUGGAACCCACUACAGUAGCGCUGGAUCUCUAGGAGGACUCUAUGAACUAAUCUAUGUUUUGGAUAAAGCUGCCAUGAAGGAGAAAGGUGUUGAACUAAAGGAUAUAAAGAGAUGCCUCGGGUUUGAUUUGGACUUAUCUGUGAAUUUUGGAGCAAAAAUCGAAGCAAAUAUUGAUAAAAAUGAUUGCGUAAAGAGGGGUGAAGGUAAAUCUGUAAACAUCACCAGUGAGAACCUCAUUGAUAAUGUUAUUUCAUUCAUCAAAGGAGGGACAAAAACAUAUGCAUUUCAAUUGAAAGAGAAGCUUCUCAAAGGAGCCAAAAUGGUUGAUGUGAGUGACUUUGUAAAUUGGUCCUCCUCCUUAACUGAUGCUCCAAUACUCCUAAAUCCAAGGCUGACUCCUAUAUAUAGUCUGAUUCCAGUGACAAUAAAGGAUUCAUACCUAAAGAAACAAAAUUUGGAAAGAGCCCUUGAUGAUUAUAUCAAUGAAUUCAGUAUAACGAAAUGCCGUCCAUGUCAAAAUGGGGGUACUGUGUUUCUGCUGGAUGGACAAUGUUUGUGUUCCUGCCCAAUCUCAUCUGAAGGAAUUGCCUGUGAAAUUGAUAAACGAAAAAUUCUUUCAAAACUGUCAACCAGAGAAAAAUAGAGUUGUUGUCUUCCCUGGGAUCACAUGGAAGGAAAACAUCGGAAAGAAAAAGGAAGGAAGGAAGGAAGAAAGAGGUACAAAGAAAAAUAAUGCAAAAUCAAAGUUAAUAAAUGUUUAAUAGAAUGUCAACAACAUGUAUCAUGUUGACUUCAUUGUCACUCUUAUUAAUAAACAUUUCAUGCACUUAUAAAUAAA